GUACAAUUACGUGAGUCAUGUGCGACGACAGAUGCAGCACGAGAUUUCCUUCUGCAAGGGAUCCGCCAAAGAUAUCUUUGCUGAGGUCAACUUUAUGAAAGAAAACGCUGGCUCAGCUGUCCCUCGGAACCGCACAUCCCGUCAGUCUGGCUACGGUCCCGAAGUCAACCCUGCGCCCAACCUUCAGUGCGAAGGAUGUUGUUUGCCUGGACCACCCGGACCAGUUGGUGCACCAGGCAAGCCGGGAAAACCAGGACGUCCAGGAGCGCCUGGCACCCCAGGAGUUCCGGGAAAACCACCUACUGCUCCAUGCGAGCCUACUACCCCACCACCAUGUAAACCUUGCCCACAAGGGCCACCUGGACCGCCUGGACCACCUGGAGCUCCUGGAGACCCAGGAGAGGCUGGAACUCCUGGACGACCAGGGACUGACGCCGCACCUGGAUCACCUGGACCUCGCGGACCUCCUGGACCAGCUGGAGAGCCAGGACAACCGGGCCCUGCUGGAGAACCUGGAACCCCUGCCCAGAGCGAGCCACUCACCCCUGGAUCUCCCGGAGAGCCAGGAGAUGCUGGACCACCUGGGCCUCCUGGACCGCCAGGAGCACCCGGAAACGAUGGCGCUCCAGGACCUGCCGGACCAAAGGGAGCUCCCGGUCCUGAUGGACCACCCGGGGUCGACGGACAAGCAGGACCACCUGGACCACCUGGACCAGCAGGAACUGGUGGAGAAAAGGGAAUCUGUCCCAACCUCUUUGUCCCCGUUAUACGUAUUAUUCCAACAUCGGCUACAAAGUUUGGUGCAGGUGUUUCUUUUGGAUUGAAGUGCAGGCAGGUAAUGGUCAUGAGCGACACAUUCUUCGGGUUCAACAAGUCGCAUGUCAUCAUGGCUGCAGGACUAGCAGGUGCUGCUUUCAUAGGAUACUGCAUUUAUUUUGACCAUGCUCGCAGAUCGGCGCCGGAUUACAAGGAGAAAAUUCGAAGAAAUCGUCGCGAGAAAGCUCGCGCACGUACAGGAGGUGCCGGGUUAGGACGAGGCGGAGCAGGCUCUACUCAAGUUCCGGAUCCUUCCGAUCCUUCCGCUAUGCAAGCGUACUUUCUACAGGAAGUCCAACUUGGUGAAGAAUUUAUGGCUAGUGGGAAUGUUGAAGAGGGGGCGAUCCACAUCGCCAAUGCCAUCGCACUGUGCGGGCCUUCGCAGCAACUAUUGCAAAUCUUCCAGCAAACGUUGCCACCAGAACAAUACGCGGCCGUUAUUGAGCAAUUGCCACAUACCCGAGCGCGGUUGGCAGCCAUGUUUGGUGAAGCAGCAGAUGCAGUAGAGUCACAGCCACCGAUGAUGACAUAUAUGGGAGACGGGCCGCCUCCACCACAGAUCAAAGAUUUGUUGGACGAUACCGACGACCUCGAAUAGGAGCUGCCUGUACAUGUUUGCCUCUCGAUAUACAUGCUGAUCUGUUGUUACCACCGUUAAACUUUGUUAUAGGGACGUCUUGAUACCGUUUUGAUGAACUCAGUUACAGUAUGAGCACGUCACUACUUCGAUUUUACUCAUCUUGCUAAGGAUAAAAUAAGUCUAGUUCUAUCAUCCACUGUCAGGUAUCUUCCGAAUAAGAUGUUUUACCUAUUUUCCGGUGAUUAAGUGGACCCAGUACUACAUGAAAUAUGCUUUUAUAACAAACUAUCUUGUAGCUAAAUUGAUUUUGCAGUAAUGAGGUGACAAGACCUUUUUGGCUCUUUCAUCUGGGGUUAAACAACUGAAGCUGAAGAAGAAGUCAACUAAGAAGGCUCAAUUCAUUGCACAGGAAUGUAGAUAAAACGUUAC